UUGAGUGAUUCUAACAGCAAAGCCAAUAUUCUAUUAAUUGAAAUCGCCAGAGAAAUACAAUUUUGAGCCCAAAUUUUUUUGUGUGCAGAAAAUGUUAUACGUAGAACUGCUCUGUUAUUGUGCUUUUUAAGCCAUUAAUUAUUUUUCGUAUAAACUAUUUUUUCAUAAUGCAAUUUCUUCAGUCUUUACCAUUUCCGAAAUAAAUAUGUUUUCAAAUUGCUAGUCCAAAUAUAAAUCACCGGAAGGGGAAGAAGAAAAGUUGCAAGUGAUUGCAAGACUAAAUUUGUCCAUUAAGAAUUUGCAAACUCUCAGUGAAUGAACUGUCGAAAUUGUUCUCUCAAAUCACACUCUUUUGCAGUGCUUUUGCAACAAUUGUUACAAAUUUUAAUUGUUUCAUAAUUAAGAAAAACGAGUAGCGAUUUGUUUUUAUUAAAGUGUAGUAGAUUAUUGAAGGAACUGGAACAGAACUAGUCGUAGCAGCUAUUUAACAGUAUCCGUUAAAAACCAAACCAUGUGAACCCCAGUUACGUCACAAACAACAUUAGUGCGCACAUUGACGCACACAACAACAUAACGGAGGAUGUGUGCAUAUUGAAGAUUUUGGAGGGUUGCAAAUAUCCCUACAUUGUGAAAAUAUCCCCCAACUGAAUUUUACGACUGCCAUUGUUUUCCUAUAAACACGAACGUACUCAACAGGUUGGACUUCAGUUUACCAAGAGAAGUUCAAGCGUGCGGAUCAAAACAUUCGAAAAAAAGGAAAUUAUCCGAGCAGGAAAAUUUAAAACGAAAUAAUUGAUCAUUUGCAAUAUGCUGAACGGUAGGCCAGGGGAUUUCUCGGCGGGCCGUGUCGCUGUCAUGCCAGCCAAAAAGAGCCUUGCCAAAAGACCACAGACGCAGACGUUGUCGACGGUAAACAAUGCAUCAGCACGAAAGGCCAAAGAUGUCAUUGCCAUGGGGGAACCUGUCACCGUAGCCGUGGUACAAGCAUCAGACAACCAAAAGCUGCAGUUUGACAAAAUGUCCAUCCAUUCGGUCAGCUCCGAAGAUAUAUCGGCUUCGAACGGUGGCCAGUGCUGUAGUGCCGCAGCCCGGAAUCCGGCUAUAAAAACGGGUCGACGCAUACAACUUAUGCAGAUGAUUAUUUUGCCAUUCAUACCGAUACUGGCACUGAUUGUGCAGACAUCGAUCUCGCUGCACGAUGUUCUGGAAUAUCGAGCUGAGGUGGCUGACAUCGAAACACAGGUAACCAUUGCCACGGAUUUGGGAAAAGUCGUUACUCACCUGCAGUUGGAGAGAUCAGAGGUAGCUUUUUAUAUAUUCACAAAUGGCAGCAAGGUUCGCUCUAAUUUGACCCAGCGUUUCGCUGUCACGGACCAGGCAUUGAACAACAUGACAACGUGGAGUGAGGUCAGUGUCCCAACGCGUGAUGAUGACGACGAUUAUGGGGUUUUACUGAAUCGCAGCGAAUUCCAAAGCCGUCUCAAUGAGUUUAGGGACAGGGUGCGUACCGAGCCGGAGGAUAAUUCAAUCACCGAUGUCAUGAAUUGGUACACAGCGAUUAACAAGGCUCUGCUAUACCAUCUCUCGGAGCAAAUCAAGGAGGCGGACAACAGCGGGGUGUGGAGGUAUCUGGUAGGGUUCAAAAACCUGCUGAAGAGCAUCGAGAGCCAAAAUAUAGCCUCCUCGUUCGGCAUCAAAUACUAUGGUCGGGGAUUGCUGGGCUCAGAGGGGUUUGCCUCUUUCAUUCGUCACGAGUUCCUGGCCAGGGAACUUAUUAACUCCACGCUGAACUAUGUGCCCUCCCUGAGGAAGAUGUACCUCAACAUCACAGAAACGAACACCUACAAAAAAAUGAAAAACAUGAGCACCGUAGUUCUGAAAAAUAAACGCCGCAAUGUGUCCGACAUCCAAAGUGCAAUUGAAUACUACGACGCAAUGCACAACUACACCGACGACCUUAGGAUAUUGCAAAAGGAUCUGCGACAGCAAAUCAAGAAAUACGUGGGGGAAACUCUGAAAGUGGCGGCCAAGAACGAGGCCAUUGGCAUUUCGAUUUUGGUCGUGGUGCUGUGUGUCUCGCCCAUAAUUAUUGUCCUGGUGAAAAAUGCCGCAGCUACCAUUCAGAUGUAUGCAUUAAAUCUGGCAGAAAAGGCUAAGGAGCUGAAGCGGGAGAAACGGAAAAGUGACUCGUUGCUUUUCCAGAUGUUACCACCCAGUGUCGCUAUGCAAUUGAAACAAACACAACAGGUUCCAGCGGAACUCUACGAAUCGGCAACUGUAUAUUUCAGUGACAUUGUUGGCUUCACGGAAAUAGCUGCUCGUUGUACUCCAUUGGAGGUUGUUACAUUCCUUAAUUCAAUAUAUCGGGUAUUCGACGAGCGUAUCGAAUGUUAUGACGUUUAUAAAGUGGAAACUAUAGGCGACUCAUAUAUGGUGGCCUCUGGAUUACCGGUUAAGAAUGGCAACAAACACAUUACCGAAAUAGCAACAAUGGCCCUUGAUUUGCUGGACGCUUCAUCAUGUUUCAAGAUACCACGUUCCAUGGACAUUCUACAGAUACGAUGCGGCGUUCAUACGGGCCCCGUCGUUGCUGGCAUUGUCGGCACAAAAAUGCCGCGUUACUGUCUCUUCGGCGAUACCGUAAAUACAGCAUCCCGGAUGGAGUCAACCGGCGAGGCACACAAAAUCCACAUAACGGAGGAAAUGAAUGAGGCCCUGAUGAGGGUCGGUGGCUUCAAGACGGAACACCGUGGCUGGAUUGAUGUGAAGGGUAAAGGCCUUAUGAGUACCUAUUGGUUAACCUGCAAAGAUGGGCCCGUCAAAGUCCGGGAGGAAAUUGCCUGGUUUGCCGACAUGCAGCCGGUCUUUUUGGAGAAUCUAAAAUUGGAUCCCGCCUACAGGAGUAGCAAACUGAAAAAAUGAGUCGAAUCAUUCCAGUGUACGAGAAGUUUGUUUAUUAUUUUUGAUGUGUGUCCCAUCGUCCUGGUCCGCCUCCAGCGUUUGCAAUUGUAUUCACACAUCGCAAUUUAUGAGAUUGGGCGUUGGGAGGGAGGUACUGAAUUUAUUUUUUUUAUUUUGGCACAUACAAACGCAGCACAUUCGAAAGAUCUUCCAAACGUAUCAAUGGUAGUGUGUAUGUGUGUUUGUGUGAAUGUACAUUCGUAAAAUAACACGUUGCCACAUACAAUUACCAUUACGCCAAUGUCCACAAUCCAUAGAAAUUGUCACCCUAUUAUUGACGGUGCCAGCCAUUGCUGAAAUGACGUAAGACAGAAGCAUUGCCGUUGGCCACAUUAAUGAUGUGUUAGAGCUUCUGUAGCAAUUUCCACGUUUGCUUACACUCCUUCCACCCUUUCACAGCAAUCGAAAUAUGAACUCUAACUCCAGUAUUAAUGCGUUUACUUUAAUUCGAAAUAGCCAAACAUAAGUUGACAUCCAAUCGAACAUGCUAGACUCCUUUUCAGAUCCAGAUUGACCCAAAGCGGCAACGAUUAUAAGUGUGUGAAAUUAUUUAGUUGUAUUUUUGAAGCCAAAACUAAUAUAUGUAAGUGUGGGUAUUUUCCACAUCAGUGUUGUAAUAAAAAAUUAUAAUUCCCGACGAUCCCUCGAUCAGGGUUACUCUAGAA